CUCAUCGACUGUUAAACGAAGAAACAAUCUAGGUAAACCUACAUAGCUAGCACUGUAUGCUAUUUUUUGAGUAAUUAUUUUAUUAUUUUGCAAAGAAAGAAAAAAAUCUUUUCAGAUGGUGACUUUUUGAUCUGACGAGAAAGCAUAAUGGAAUUCCUAUAAAUAUUACAAGCCAAGUUCAAAGCGGCUCAUCUAGUAACAUGAAAGAUUAAUGAUUCAUGAAAAAGAAAAGGUUUAUGCUAGUUCUUCCUCUGUCCACCUUGUCAGAUGGACUACCUAUUUUCACGGCAUUAAGUGUUCUCUCUGCUACACGGACGAAUACCUCCAACAUGGGAUUACAAGGGAUCUUUAUGAAUAUUCUUUCUUAGGUUUACGCAAAUUGAAUCUUGGCAAAUUUGACAGUACUUGAAAUCUCAAAUAACUACCAUGUCUUCGAAACCGGGUAUGCUACUUUUUACAUGACAACAACAUAUUUAAGCAGAAAUGCUAUGCUAUGUUAUGCCAUACAAUAUUAUACUAUACCAUGGUGCUUCAUUCAAGAAGAGCUCGACAUUGCACCACUAGACAGACUCUUAUUCUCGAAACUAAAAGGCUGCCAGUCUGGUCUCUGCAAAAUUCGCAUCAGGCAGACAAUGAAAAUUCCAAUCACUUUGUGUGCGUGCUGUCGAAAUGACUAGUUAAGAUGAGAUCUACAGAAACCGAUUGCCUAUAUGAUUAAAACUAUCAUGCUGAGCUACUAGAGGUUGCAAUUACCAUUCCAUUUCGUAUUCAAAAACGAUACUUCAAAAAUUUUAAUUCUCUCAAGCAGUAGGACCUCGAUGUUUAGUUCAUGCCCUUCAGUUCAUUUAGUACACUGAAAACUUUCAGUGCUGAUAACAUUUCCUGUUGACACCUUUAUUUAUAGGUUCAUGUUUUUAAAAUCAAUUGCUUAAUUUUCUUUUUCCUGCCAAAGCUAUUCCUGUUCCGGAGCCUGUAUUAAAUUUGAAUGUUUAUGUUCAUGACGUUUCAUCCUCUCACACCUACUGCCACGAUUUCUCACUACCAGCUAGUACUCAAUUUUUAAGCGUCAACGAUGAAUUUUUUCCAUCCUCAAUUUUUUUCUUUAUCUCUUUUUUCACCUAGCUCAAUUUUAUGUGAAUCUGCUCCUGCUUCUGCAGCUGUCCGAGUGACGAAUCGCUUCAAACUAAAUUAUCGUCAAAUCUUUACUGGAAGUUCUCUUGGUUUAGCCGCUGGUUUUGCACUUGGUAAAUUCGGUCAGCUCUUCAUUGUAGCUUGUUCGAGCGUUCUUGCUACUAUAGCUUACAUCAAUACAAAAGGCCUCAUCCGAAUUAACUGGUCUCAAAUCCAAAAAAGAUUUAUCGGCCAAACAGAACACUAUGGAGACCUUAGUACUCAAGUUUCAGACCAUUUACCAGCUCAGUCGACGUUCACGACUAUUCGAAACUGGGCUUUAACAAAUCCUUGCUUUAAAUUCAGUUUUCUUUCAGCUUUCUACGUUGGUCUAUCAUCAGCUUGAUCUAUUUCUCAUGACCUGGAAAUUUACGUCCUAUCCUUUUUAUGGUUUAUGUUGUGAAAAUGAAUCACCUUCAUUAAUUAUGAACUUUUUUUUUCAUUCAUUAUUCAUACCCAUUAAAUUAUUGACAAAGACAUUCUAAAAGCAGAUGAAGAAUAAGAUGGCCACUCGUUUACCAAGUAAUGCAACAUUUUACAUGGUUUUUGCAGACACAAAACAAAAUCGUUAUGCAAACAACGAUCGGGCCAUUUUACUUUCUAACGAACAAUGAUAUUUACUUGAUUUGAUGAUUCAUAAUAUAAAUCGAAAGAUUAUUAUGAUUCGUGUCAUUUUCGUACUACA